AGAAUCAGACCAGCGUAAAAUAUACAUCUUAUUAUUUCCCACAGAACUAUACGAUGAUUUCACCGCCUAUGUGAUAGUGAUAUAUUUCUCGGAACGAAAAGUAUAAAAGGGUUAGUAUAUCUCAUGGUAUAUCUCACAUCUAUGCAGUAUGCAUGUCACAUAAAAUAACCAAAUGUUGCGGUUGCUACCAUUGUUAUUGUUACAUGUCAUCAGCGGUUUUAGUUCUUGGUAGGUUAUUUGAGUGAAUUGCGAAUUACUCUAAAUCUUGUAUUCGCAUUGGCGUCAUUUUUUAGAAUUUGUGAUUCUAAAAACGGAACGAAUACUGUCUUCUUACGAAUAAACACAUCGACAAUGUUGUGGAGUUAAAUGAAGUGAUUCACUUAAUAGUAAUGUAUGUAUUUCUAAAUGAGGAUAUGAUCUGUUGAUUAGCAGAAAUGUUUUUGAUACAGAUAUAGGAGCAUUGUUAACCUCUCGUUACCUGUCCAUAAACUGAAUAGUGAAUUCCAUAGUUUUACAUUCUGUAAUGUAAUCUAAUCUUUUCUACCAACUCGGGGCAAAAUAGAGAUGGAGAGUGGUUCAAAUGAAGUUAUUUGUAUUUCAUCAGAUGACGAUGAAAAUAUAGAACAGACUAGAGACAAGAAACAAAUAUCAGUCAUAGAAAAAUUAAAGAACAAUGAUGUCCAUACUCGUGAAAGAGAAGUGACUCAAAAUAAAAAUGAUUGUAAAGGAGUGCAGGGACAAAAAAGAAAAUUCUCUGAAAUGAACAACAGCAACGAUCUUAAUGGUGAGAAUAGUGCAGAUAUGUGUGAGAAUGGAAGAAGUGCUAAAAUUUGUAAAUUGAACGUAGAAGAGAGCAAGGAGACUGAAAAGAAAACUGAAGAGAAAAAAAAAUGUAUAAAACCAACGUUGAUCGUGAAGGAGAAGAAAAGUAUCUCUCUUCUGGGGCAAGAUGUAUUUCCUAUGUUUAUUAGUCUGUGUUUACAAAAAGAUCAUUCUGAUGAUAUGAGAUCUAUCGUCAACAAAUUAAAAAGACGCCAUGAACAAUUACAACCUGAAUAUGCCGUUUCUGAAGCUUUUUGUAACUUUUUAAAUGAAAAAAGAAAUGAAAUAAUCAAUAGCAAAAACAAACUUUAUGUAUAUCUAUUUGAAGUAAUGAAUGAAAUGAAAAAUAACUCCAACAGAAAAUCUACUUCAGUCUCGAAUAGUAAUGGUUGUUCAGAUGUAAACAAUAUAAAUAGAACUAAUAUAUUGGAUACACCAGUUCCAAGCACGUCACACACAAGUGAUAGUAUAUGCACGAAUGAUUCAGAUGAAAAAGACGAUGCAGACCAAGAUAUUAAGAAACGUAAAAUAAUAAGGAAAAUAGAAAAGGCGAUGGAAAAAUGUAAAAACUACAUAAAAAGAUACGAAAAUGAAGAAGUAGAUUUUAAUGAUGAGAAUAAUAGUACUUAUAUGAAACAAGCAAGAUAUAAGGCACGAAUGGUAGAGCUUUACAAUAAAUAUUGUGAAUACACUGGAGAAAAUGCUGAUGCGGGCCGACAUUUCUUGAGACCAAAGCAUUUUAGUCCAACAGGAAUUGUUGUUGUGGAUCAUGCUAUCACAAGUUUCAUUAAUUCUAAAAUAUUGAAGAGAAAGAAAGCAAAGAACAUAAGUGCUUUUACAGAAACACUAAUCUUUCCAGAUUACCAUGACAUUUUGCAACUUGUUAAAAAAUGUAAUGAAACUAAUAAUUUAGGUUUGGAUAAUAGAAAACAACAACAACUUGCAAGAAAAGCAUUCACCCAAAUAGGGGAUCAUUUGCAAUUGUGUAGGAGAAAUGAUUAUUGGGAUACAUUUUCAAUGUUCCUCGAAAAUCAAGAGGAUGAUCCUGCAAUGAAAGAUUAUGCAUUAGCUGAACAGUUGAGACAAAGCAAAUUGGAAGGUAAUAAGAAAAUAGCAGAUGUACUUCAGGAAUACGUGGAGAAACAAGAAAAACUGAAGGAUGAGAUAGUUGAUUCUAAAGUCUCGCCUGAAAAAGAAAAUGAUGGGGAGAGCGAUGAUGAUGAAUACGACGAAGAUAGUAUAGAAGAUGAAGGUGCCAGCGAUAUUGAUGCAGAUUUAAAUAUCGAGCAAUGGGAUCAUAUUAGCACGGACAAGGAAGAAAAUAGUGUAGACGAAAUUAAAAUAGAAAGUGAAACAAACUUUCGUAGAGAGGAAAUCGAUACGAAUGAUAUCAAGACGAAAGAAACAAAACAGAAAACGAGCGAUACGGUAGAGGACAAUAAUAACUGUCCACAGUCAGAAAAAAUUAAUGACUCGAAGAAAGUGAAUAAUUGUGAAAGUAGUCGUGAUUCAAAAUCGACAGUAGAAAAGAAAGAAGCAUCGUCUAAUCUGAAAACCCAAGUGAGUACUUCGUUGACAGAAUUAUUGCCAAUUACGACAAAUAAUGAUAUUCCAAUUGAUGAAACAAAAGUAGAAAAAUCUGUCGCGGUCGAUGAUGCAUCAGAUAAAAUAAGGGAGCCAGAGGAUAUGCUAAAGAAAGCGGUUCAAGAAAAUGAAAAAGAAGAUAAGCCAUUAUUGAGAGUACGUUCUUUUGCUAAGCCGCCGACUACCUGGGAAGAUAGUCAUGGGAAAAUGGAUAAACAGAGUGAAAACCAAUCUAGAACACCAAUCGAUAUAGUGGAUCUUACGCAGACUUCACCAAAGGAAGAGUUGGCAAAAGUUCCACACGGAAAAGUUCCAAUUGUAUCAAAUGUGUUUCCUGCUAAGAAAGAGUUCAAGAUGCUAAUGGUACCAGUGGGUAAUAAUUCAAAAAUUGGAAAAACUUACGUUGCACGUGUGAUUAAGUGGAAUAGAAAUUCAUUAGAAAGAGGAGAAAUCGCACCCCAGCAACAAAUAGGAGGCAAGCCAAGUGCGAAAGCCACAAUUAUACAAUUACCCGUUAAUCAACGAAAAAAACAAAUUAAUACAAAUAUACGUCCCCAAUCUAAUCAAAUAAUAACGUCACCGACGACAGGAAAUGGUAUUCAUCCACAGCGUAUUCAAAAGACUUAUUCAGAAAAAUCACGAUCCAAAUGAUUUUCAAGGUUGUUGAAAGUAUUUCUACUUGAUCAUUGUUACACAAAACAGAUGAUCGGUCGGUGACGAUAGACUAUGUAAAAUCACAUAAUCAUAACUUUUUUUUACGAAGAAUUUGUAAUUAGACAGCAUUCAGCUGUGUCCCUACUGUGUCGGCCGAUCAAUAAAGCUGCUCGAUAAUACCGAGAAUUGCAACCCUAUUGCGUCAAUAAUUGUCUAUCAGCGAAUUUUAAAUAAAUAUAGACAUGUAUACGAACGCAUAGCUUGAAAAUUGGAAUAGAAUAACGAACUAUUUCCGUAUUUCUUAUAAUUCGACUUUUCUGCCGACUACACGGUGCUUUCAAAUCGAUCGGCAAAUGCAGACGCAGUGGAGACAGAUUUAUACUAGCGCACUAAUUUCUCAUAAUAAAUAAAUAAAUUUGUUAAAAACGUGAAAA